AUGACUCUUUCCAUCAGAUCUAUCACUUCACUUCGUCCAACAUUAGAUCGAGUCUUAGUCCAAAGAUUAAAACCCGAAACAAAAACCGCUUCUGGAAUCUUCUUACCUUCAUCUGUGACUGAAAAAUCAACACCUGAAGCUACAGUCUUAGCUGUCGGUCCUGGAAAUCGUGAUCGGGAUGGGAAACUGAUACCUAUGGAAGUUAAAGAAGGUGAUAAAGUUUUGUUACCUAGUUAUGGAGGUCAAUCUAUUAAAGUAGGAGAAGAAGAGUAUCAUCUCUUUAGGGAUUCCGAAAUCAUGGCUAAAUUCACAUAA